AUGUCCGAUAAGGACAAGGGGGAACCCCCACCUAAACCCAAACCCAGAAGACCACCCGACCGUCCUGGUGUACUAGACCGUCCAAUCGCGUACCGCAAUAUCUUCGAUCCUGAAAGGACUAGAGUAGUGUCCUCCUACUCUCAGAUCCCGACACGGAAACCCUCCUCACCGGGCAAAGAGCCCGCACCGAGGACCGCGCUCUCACCCAUCGUACCUGGAGGUACGACUGGGCGGGAACCGUUCCCCCAACCCCAGCGGGCCAAGAAGACCCUGAGAAGGCAUACGCCUCCAGAAACAGCAGCAUCCCUCCAGGAGAAGAGGCGAUGCUUCAGUUCUACCAACUCCUCGGACUAUUCUUCAUCCGAGGGAGAAUCGGAUCACCAACCGGAAGGGAAGCCGAUUAGGAGAUCACCACCCACAUCGCCAUCGACGACUAAACCCACCCCACCCCGGAACACCGGACAACACAUCAGUAUGGAUGCUGCUGAUCUGGAGCAGGGAGGAGAAGGGUCAUACGAAUGGAGUGCCACCACGUAUGCAACCCUAGCACCGAGCACAUCUGCCGGACACUCACCAUCCGCGCCUACCACCAACCCUUCAGGCCGGCCAUCAGACGAUGGUCAGAGGCCUUCGACCAGCUAUGCCCAACUGGUAGCUGCCCCUGCAGUACCAAGGACAAGGACUGCCGAAACUCCGAAACCGCCGGAAGAAUCGGCCAAAAGGUACCCACCCAUAGUGGCAGAAUGCUUACCGGACUGGACGAAGCACUUCGAGGCACUUAACAAGAAACUGGGCCACCCACCGAAUGCUCGUCCAUUCGGCAAGGGGGUUAGAAUUACCCCCCAGAGUCCGGAAGAAUUCCGGACGGUACAGAGAUACCUAAUGGAGAUGACCGAGAAAGUACCAGCUAUGUCCUGGUACUGCUACACCCCCGAGGAGGACAAGCCCACGAAAGUGGGCAUUCGGGGGCUACCAGUAGGCACGGACCCAACCGCGAUAGAGGGGGCUAUCAGGGCCAAGGGGUUCCCGAUUAGAUACGUCAAAGGGAUCCCCCCCCGUAGAGACAGACCUGGAUGCCUCUACUUCGCGCAGCUGGACCACCUGAGCCUGGAGCGCCUUAACGAACUCUAUCAGAUAGACGAGCUACUCUACAUGAGAGGAGUCGUCAUAGAGGCCUGGCAAGGAAGAGCGGGCCCUUCACAGUGCCACCGCUGCCAGGCCUUCGGACACGCAUCUACAAAUUGCUUCAGGCCAGUGAAUCCUGAGGAGGAUUGCAAGGAAGCGGGGAUCACUCUACCGGGACUACUCCCAGAGGAGCCCAAGAGGAUCUCCCAAAGUCGUCCCAGGGCCGUGGUUCAGGAAGACGGGUGGACCACAAUCAGGGGAAAAGGAAGGCAACCUGCCCCCCCUCCACCCGUCACGGCACCCACAGAAACGGUGGUGCCCACCAUCACUACAUCAAAGGCAACCACCGGGGCGACUCUCCAGCCCCCCGCUAAUGACGCCAUAGAGCGCCAAACCUCUCAGAGGAGUAAGCGGGGGAGGAAGAAGAAGAAGAAGGUGCAGCCUCCUCCUCAGGCAGCAACCUCUACCCCAACCCCAACGGUAACGAUAGCCCAGGCGCAGGUUACCAUGGAAGACAAAGCCAGAAUGGGUAGAGUGCCAGAAAGGGCUCUACCAGAAAAUAGAGCCCGCUCUACACAUAGAGCGCGCUCUACCCAUAAACAGAGAAACGUACACCAACUCCCGAGACCAGCGCCUACCGCACACACACCUAGAACACCUCUAGCCGGCUUCGAGACUGCUGACGCCAUCCAACGUUUGGUUGGCAUAGCAAUCGAGGUCGGCAGUCAAGUCCUGGCUGAUAUUAGAGCCGGGACAGACCCGAUUACAGCGGUUAUGAAGGCGCUGGCUAAUCUACUGGCUCGGCACUACGGUGGAGGAGUCUAA